CAUGUGUGUAUUUACAUACUGUAUAUAAAUUGUUUGAAUUUUGAAUGAGAGUGGAUGGCGGACUUACGCCAAACUUUAUCGCGCAACAGUACAUUAAGUUGAUGUCAUUUUUUUGUGUCGUUGUUAUUGUAUAUAAAUUUUCGCAAUGCAAAACAUUGCAGUUUAGGAAUUUUAUAUCGCGCGAUUAAAUGCCAAUUGUGUUGUACGUGAGAACGUCCCUUUUUAACCUCUCAAUGAAUAUGUACAUUACGAUAUUAUUGUAAGAAAAUAUUUUUAUACGCACACACAACGUGUAUAUUUGCCUGAUUGUUUGGUCGUGCUAAUUAUUUAAUUAAUGUCAAUAAAGUGGAUGUGUACAAAGAAAAAUUGUUUCAAACUUACAAAGUACUCCAGUGAGAGACAUUAUGUAAACUUUGUUUGUUUAAAAAUUGUAACACAGUCUCGUAAUAAGAGUGCAAAACGAUGAUGCUCGGUCAAAAGAGCACCCAGUCUUCUAUUGUAGGAUUUCUAUCAAAGGCAGCAAAUAAGAACAACAACUCUUUGCAAUCCAGCACACCAAAAUCAACGAAUGAAGAGUUGGAUUUAAAGGAUGACCCAUUGAAGGAUUCAUGUUUCAGUAAACAAGAAAAAACACCUAAAGAUCUGAGUAAUAUAGAUUCAAUAAUAGAUCUUGAUAAUAUAGAUACUUCAGACUCAGGCCUACUUCAGACAAGUCCUGUCAAAAAGCAAUCGUAUGUAAUUUACAACAAAGAACCGUAUUACAUUGAAAGUUCAAUGGAAGAGAAAGAGAGUAUCAAUGAAUUCAGUUCUUUGGAGAAGAAUACCGAAUCUUUGCUACUCUUGGAAAGUCCGAGCAAGAGUAACAACGAAUUUGCAAAACCAUCUCUCAUUCCUGAAUCUUCUGACAGUGAAGAAGAUAGAAAAAACGUUAGAAGGUUCUUGCGAUUAAAUCGAAAACCGAAUGAAACAAUGGCGAAAGAUGAAGAAAAGCAGACUAUUGUAUCAAAAACUGGUUACACCUCGGAAUGCAAUAGUGAAUAUUUGCCUUCUAGCAGUGAAACAGUUUUAGACAGAAGGGAGGAAAAUGUCAAGGAGCAUCUAAGAACUCCUAAGAAACACAUUAGUAAUAAACAACGGAGAAAAGAUAUUAUUUCUGAUUCUGACACUGACAGCCCUCGGUCAAAAUGCAGUAGCAAGGAAUCGCCGAGAAAAAAAUGGGUAGGCCCGGAUCCUAAAGUGAACUUGAAAGAUUUAGGUUUGAACAAGAAAUUAGGUUUAUGGAUUGAGUCCACACGAAAGAAACCAGUAAUGUCUUUGAUACCUACUACAAAAGAUAAACUGUCAGAAAGGCGUGACAAUUUGAAAGAUCUUCAAAUUGAAAUUCUUGAUAAGUUCUGCAACGCAUUUGAGAUGAUUCCCAUACCGAUAUUGGAAAAAUUUCCGAAAUUCGAUUUGGACACUUACACGAAGCUGCAAGAUCUCAAUCGACAUGUGAAAGCUAAGUUACGUUUGGUGCAAACAAAAUUGUCAAAGUUACAAAAUGAGGAUGAAAUCUCUACAUCUGAAUCUGUAAAAACUCCUGGAUCUACAUCCAAGUCAGCCGAGAUAUCGUCUUCACCUGUGCUUGAAAGUCACGUUAUAAGUGAAAAUUUCAACAAAUCAAGUCCCUCGAUAUCGAAAAAGCUAGAUUUCUAUCAAGAUUCUCCAAAUAAGUCGUAUGUACAGGAAUAUAAUAGUAACAUGGAAUCAGGGUCGACGCCGAAGUCUCACGAGAAUGCAGUUACGAAUAAAAAGAGUACUUUUCAAUUGAAAAGACCAGUCAAGACGGUAUUGGGUACUGAGAUUUCUAAAACAAUAGCAGAAAUGUGGGAGAAAGAACAGCUGUCUAAGUCAGUGAAUUCACCAACGGAUUCGAGCGUCGUUUCUGUAAAAGAUAAUACAUUCAAUGGAAGUGUCAUUACAUCACCAAAAAAUGAAAAUAAUACACAUAUGCAAAGAAGCAUCAGGGACAGUCCAGAUAACUGGAUUAAGAGUAAUACAUUUCAGAAUACUUGUCAGACAUUUUCUACGAAAUCUGAAACGCUACCGGAAGAUCCAGAAGAAUUUCCAGCGUUGGGAGAAGAUUGUAAUAUAGAGGACAAUUUUAAUUUAGACUGGUGUAAUGAAUCUCCUCCGCAAAACAAGAAAAAUGAUAACAAGGGAAAGUCGAAAAUGGAAAAACCUGUGGAGUUCGGGACAUUCACUGGAAAUUACAAAAAUGACGGCAUCAGUGGAGAAUUCGAUAGUAUGACGUAUCCACAUUCGCAAGAAAUGUUAAAGAUAUUUCGACAAAAAUUUGGUUUAUAUACAUUUAGGCCAAAUCAGUUGCAAGCUAUCAAUGCAACGCUUUUGGGAUUUGAUUGUUUCAUUUUGAUGCCGACCGGAGGCGGGAAAUCUCUUUGUUAUCAAUUACCCGCGCUAUUGAGUGCCGGAGUAACAAUUGUUGUGUCUCCAUUGAAGAGUCUUAUUUUAGACCAAGUUCAAAAACUCAUUUCACUCGAUAUUCCUGCCGCUCAUUUAUCCGGUUCUUUGACAGACAAUCAAGCAGAAGCGGUGUACAGGGAACUCUACAAAAAAGAACCAGUUCUCAAGAUAUUGUACGUCACGCCGGAAAAAGUUUCCGCCUCGCAGAAAUUCUGUAGCACUUUGACAACAUUGUACGAAAGAGGAUUGCUGGCGAGAUUUGUCAUUGACGAAGUGCACUGUGUCAGUCAAUGGGGCCACGACUUCAGGCCUGAUUACAAGAAACUGAAGUGUCUGAGGGAAAAUUAUCCGAAAGUGCCAACAAUGGCUCUAACUGCGACGGCUACACCGCGUGUGAGAACAGAUAUUUUGCACCAGUUAGGUCUGACUAAUCCCAAAUGGUUUAUGUCGAGUUUUAACAGACCCAACUUGAGAUACAGCAUAAUAUCGAAGAAGGGGAAAAAUUGUUCCGACGAGGUAGUUGCUAUGAUACUGACGAAGUUCAGAAACACUUGCGGCAUCGUGUAUUGCCUGUCGCGCAAGGACUGCGACGAUUACGCCGCGCAAAUGAAAAAGAACGGUAUCAAAGCAUUAAGUUAUCACGCGGGACUCACGGAUAAUCAGAGAAGCCAGUGUCAAGGAAGAUGGAUAUCCGAUCAGAUACACGUUAUAUGCGCGACUAUCGCCUUCGGAAUGGGCAUUGAUAAACCGAAUGUGCGUUUCGUGAUACACGCGUCUUUGCCGAAGUCCAUAGAAGGAUAUUACCAGGAGAGCGGUCGCGCUGGUCGUGACGGCGAGAUAGCGGAAUGCAUUUUGUUUUACAAUUACACGGAUAUGCACAGGAUUCGCAAAAUGAUCGAAUUGGACAAUCCGAAUCCACAAGUGAUUAGCACGCACAUGGACAAUUUGUUUAAAAUGGUGGCGUUCGCGGAAAAUACCACGGAUUGUCGCAGGUCGCAGCAACUCAAUUAUUUCGGGGAAUUAUUCGACAGGCAACAAUGCAUCUCAAAUAAGGCAACCGCAUGCGACAAUUGCCGAAGCAAGGAGGAAAUUACGAUGAUCGACGCGACCGGAGACGCGAGAGAAAUUUUGAAAGCUGUGCGAGAUAUCAUCAACAAGAAGAAUUGCAAUCUCACGUUGGUGUUUUUAACGGACAUUUUCAAGGGCAGUGAUCUCAAGAAAAUCAGAGAGUCAGGUCUUAAAAGUCAUCCUUUGUAUGGUCGCGGAAAAACGUGGAAUAGAUGCGACAUAGAACGUCUUUUACAUCACAUGAUACUGGAAGAAUAUUUGCAAGAAACCAUGUACAUUAACAAUGAGAUCACUUGCGCGUAUGUGAAAAUCGGACGAAAAGCGAGUGAACUUAUGACGAGGAAAGACGUGAAGGUACAGAUCCCAAUAAGAAAAUCGAACAAAUCUACAAGUGGCGUGGCCACAGUUUCAACGGUGAAUUCGAAGGAGGUUGAUAACAAUAUUAAGGAAUUGCACGAUCGUUGCUACGCCGAGUUGAUGACGAUAAUAAGAGAAAUUGCCGACACGCUGGACGUCUCGGCUUCCUCUAUCAUGAACAUGGUGGCCAUUCGUGUCAUGAGCCAGCGUUUACCGGAUACCGAGGAAGCUAUGUUGCAAGUGCCACACGUCACGAAAGCUAACUUUGUUAAAUACGGCAGGGCUCUCUUGAACAUCACGCAGAAAUACGCAGCGGAGAAAAUUGUAUUGUUAAAUGAGCUCAAAGAAGAACAGAAUAAUAUUAGUGAUGACGAUAAUGAUUGUUGGGACGAUGACAACUCUAGUACCUAUAGUGGAAGUACUAGUAACCGUCGCGGCAGGAAACGAAAGUAUGGUAACAAUUCCACCACCACCGCUACCAAAAGAUAUAAACGAGGCGGUUCAAGCGCGCGGAGGGGAAAAGGUUCGAGAGGCGCGUCAAAAGCUUCAUCGAGAGGUUCUUCGAAAAGUUCAACGGCCACGAGACAAAACGCGAGCACAAAGAAAGUGAUAGGACUCGCAAGUUUCAGCCAAACGAAGCAAUAUCUCUCGAAUCCCAAUAGAUACAUGAACAUUAAUUAAACGAUUUUUUUUAAUCUCUAUAAAUUAUUCUCCGAGGUUUCUUUUCGCGCGCGCGGUGAUGUACGCGUCUUCAUGUACGAAUUUCACAGUGUUCAAAAUGUUCUACGUGCUGUUUUCCUACAGAAUAGAAUGUUCGGUAUCUUUUUGUUUUUAAUAACUCUAGCAAAAAAAAAAAAAAA